AUGGAGGACAUCGCCAUCAUCGGCAUGGCCUGCCGCUUUCCUGGCAAAGCGACCUCACCAGAACAGCUAUGGGAGAUGAUGAUUCAGAAAGAAUCGGCGUGGUCUGAAUUCCCAAAGGACCGUCUCAACAUAGACGGAUACUAUCAUCCUAGCGGUGACCGUCAGGGCAGCUUUUUCUCCGUCAUGGCCGAGGACGCCAAGGCCAUUGACCCUCAACAGCGCUUCCUGCUGGAGGUAUCCUAUGAGGCACUUGAGAAUGCUGGUCUUCGCAUGGAAGAUCUUAGAGGCAGUCCCACGGCCGUCUAUGUCGGCUCCUUUGUGAAAGAUUACGAGCAGAUCUGUCUGCGCGAUAUGGACUGGCAGCCCCAGUAUGCCGCUACAGGCACUGGUAACGCCAUCAUGUCAAACCGCGUGUCCUAUACGUACGACUUCAAGGGACCGAGCAUGACGAUCGACACCGGCUGCAGCGGAAGCCUCGUGGCAGUUCAUCUAGCCGCUCAAGCUCUUAGAGCUGGCGACUGUUCUCUAGCUCUUGCUGCUGGAGCCGGCCUCAUCUUUACACCCAACACUAUGAUGCCCAUGACAGCACUCAACUUCCUCAGCCCGGACGGCAAGUGCUUUGCCUUUGAUGCCCGUGCCAAUGGCUAUGGUCGCGGCGAAGGUAUCGGUUUUGUUGUUCUCAAAAAGCUGUCGGAUGCAGUCCGAGACAAUGACACCAUUCGAGCUGUCAUUCGUGGUACCCAUGUGAACCAAGACGGCCUGACGACUGGUGAGCUCCUCACACCAAAAGUGCCCAGCUCACUGACACUAACGGUUCAACAAGGCAUUACACUUCCAAGCAAGGAAGCCCAGGUAGCUAACAUCCGCUCCCUUUACUCCAAGCAUAACCUGGACAUGAAGCAAACCGCUUUCGUUGAGUGCCACGGCACCGGGACCCAGGCCGGUGACUUCCGGGAGCUCAAAGCCAUUUCCGAGACACUCGGUGAUGGAAGGGCAACUGAGAAGCCGGUUUUUGUAGGCUCAGUCAAGACGAACAUUGGCCAUCUUGAGGGUGCAGCUGGAGUCGCAGGGUUGAUCAAGGGCGUCCUUACCGUCGAAAAGGGUCGGAUCCCGCCGAACAUCAACUUUGAGCUGGGCAAUCCCAACAUUGAUUUCAAGAACUGGAGAGUGAAAUUCUAUCAGGUGCCGACAGACCUGACAGAGUGGCCGGUCGAUGGUCUUCGAAGAAUCAGCGUCAACUGCUUCGGCUUCGGAGGCACAAAUGCGCACACUGUUCUCGACGAUACUGCUUCGUAUCUUUCAGAGCGCGGCAUCGCAGCCAACCACAACUCCGUUCAAGACAGCACCCAGUCUCCUCAGCUGAAAGUCGCCUCUGGGGACCACAGGCCCUUCUCACACCCUAAGCUCUUUGUGUUCUCUUCUAACGAGCGCAAGGGUGUUUCUCGCCUGAUGGACGCACACCUCGGCCACAUCACGGGCCUUGCCGACAUGACCGAAACUGACGCUGACAACUACGCGUAUACCCUAGGAUUCCGUCGUUCUACCAUGGAAUGGAAAGGCUUUGCUGUGGCAAAAUCUGUCGCAGAUCUUAUCUCGAAGCUGCAACAAAAGGACGAGAUGAGCUUCCUUCGGUCCAGUCGUGAUAGCAAGCCGAACAUUGGCUUCGUCUUCUGUGGCCAGGGCGCUCAAUGGGCUCAGAUGGGGUUCGAGCUCAUGCGUUAUGGUGCUUUCAAAAGCAGUAUAACGGCAGCCUCCCAAUACCUCAACAUGCUUGGCAGUGAGUUUGAUCUCGUCGAAGAGAUCAUGAAGGCCAAGACAGAAUCGCGCCUUCAAAAUCCUCAGAUCUCGCAGCCGUCAACAACCGCAGUUCAGGUGGCGCUCGUUGACUUGCUGCGAUCUUGCAACAUCAUUCCAAGCAGCGUCGUCGGGCAUUCAUCAGGAGAGAUCGCAGCUGCGUACGCGUCGACUGCCAUUACCCGCGAGGCAGCUUGGGCGCUUGCGUACUAUCGUGGCCAGAGCACUUCUCUUCUCGCAGCCGUUGCCCCGUAUCUCAAAGGUGCAAUGUGCGCUGUCAGAAUGACAAGAUCUGAGGCCAGCGAGUACCUUAAGAACCGCGGUGAAGACAGCGAUCUCCAGAUUGCAUGCGUCAAUAGCCCUAACUCAGUCACCAUCUCCGGAAAUCGUCAUGACGUUUUCCGAAUGCGAGACGAGCUCAAGUCUCGCCAAAUCCUAUGCAAGGUUUUGGAUGUCGACGUUGCGUACCACUCGAGGCACAUGAAGUUGAUUGAGGGUAGCUACAAAACCUACAUUCAAACAAUCCUCCCGAACGACGCCUCCGAGAACAUCCCCUUCUUCUCAUCUGUUCAUGGACGGAUGCUCGCGCACGACCGACUUGGUCCGUCGUACUGGGUGGAGAACCUGGUCUCUCCGGUCCAGUUCGUCCUCGCCGUCAAGGCCAUGAUGGAAUGCGAUGGUCGACCAGACGUUCUGAUUGAAUUGAGCCCCCACGCAACUCUCGAAUCAGCACUCGCAGAGACCAUGUAUGAGCACAGUGCCGGGUUUCAACUGACCUAUUUACCGCUUAUUCGACGCGACAAGGACUCUGCAGUCACCAUGCUUCAGGCUAUUGGCGAGAUAUGGGCCCGAGGUCACCCGGUCGACAUGCUCAAGGUUUACUCCAAGGGUGCUGAUGCACAAACUUACAAAACGCUGGUCAACCUGCCGUCUUACCCCUGGAACCACUCGAAGGUGUUCUGGCAUGAGUCCCACACGUGCACUGAGCAUCGUUUUCGGAACUUUGGCCGUCAGGAUCUGAUCGGGUCUCCUUCUCCAGACGCUACCACCUUUGAGCCUCGAUGGAGAGGAUUCUUCCGUAUUUCCGAGAAUCCCUGGAUCCAGGACCAUCGGGUCCAGAAAACCAUUGUGUAUCCAGCAGCCGGCAUGGUCACUAUGGCUCUCGAAGCCGCGAGUCAGCUGUCGUGCAACAUGACAGACGUUCUGGGCUUUCAUCUCACCAGCCUGCGAAUCGAGAAAGCAAUGAUCGUUCCCUCUUCGGCCUAUGGUCUCGAGUACUCGCUUAACUUGAAGCAGAUUCCCACAAAGGCAGAUGCUGACCCGCAAUGGGAAUUUGUGAUCUACUCGAAACCAGGAGAUGGUCCUUGGAUCCGACACGCCGACGGCAGUAUCAAAAUCCGAAGACGGACUGGAGCUCUUCCCGUUACCAGCGAACAUGCCCAGAGGUACGCCCAAAUUCAAGCUCUCUGCGGCAAGUCACUCCCGCCUCGACAACUCUACGAACUACUGGAUGUUGUUGGUCUCAAUUAUGGCCCAUGCUUCCAAAAUGUGGUCUCCAUCUCAACUCACCAAAACACCUGCAUCAGCAGAGUCCGCAUCCCUGAUACGAAGUCCAAGAUGCCUGCCAACUUUGAGUACCCUCACGUCAUUCACCCCGCGACCCUGGACGCAAUGUUCCAGACCCUCUUCGCCAUCGACAGCAAGCCAAUGGUUCCGUCGUCAAUCGAGAGUAUCUUCGUCUCUGCAAAGAUCCCUCACGGUGCCGGCCACAACUUCACAGGCUUUGCUGCAGCUGAGAGACAUGGCCUCAGCGGUGCAAUGGGCUCUAUUGUCAUGGCAUCUGACGGAAGCAGCUGGGAUGCGCCAGCUGUUGUUGUUGAUGGAUUGAAUUUCAAGGCUCUUUCAACCCCAUCGAUUGAAGAUGGUGGCUUCAUCCCGAACCAUCGAAAUCUCUGCUCCGAGAUCGUCUGGAAGGAGGACUACACUACAAAAGCGACUGGGGACUUUUCUGACACGCUCUCGCUGAUGGCUCACAAGCAUCCGUCCUUGGCUGUCCUUCAAUGUGGUGGCAGUACGCAGCUCGCUCAGUCAGUAUUAGGUGCCCUCUCUGAUGGUGCUGUCCCGAAUUUGUCUCGGUACACAGUCACCGACCCAAACAUUCUGUCUGCUGUCCAGAAGGCUUAUGAGAAGUCACCGACAGCCAACUUGCUGGAACAUCGCAACUGGCCAGCUGUCAGAGAUCACUCUGCUCGGUACAACCUCAUCAUCAUCGCUCGAAACUCGGACAUUGACGACAAUGACGUUAACCAGUUCCUGCUGCCUGAAGGUGUCAUUCUAAACGAGGUCUCGCCGACCAUGACACCAACUAGCACCGACUCGAUGAUCGAGACUCAGCUGGCAUUGGAUAACCCUGCCCCUCUCCGGUUGUAUUUUGAUAAAGAGCCUGAAAACAUCAUUCACUACGACAUGAUGGAUCAGCACUUUGAGGCUAGUUUCUUUGCUGAUAAGCUCAAUCCUGCUUUAUCGCCUCAGGUUCUCAUCAUUCUACCUGACGCAUUCGAUCCCGUCAUGGAUGGGUUUGCUAAGUCCCUUGGUGAAUUUCUAUUGAAAAAGGACUUCGAAGUGAGUAUCGGCACCUUGCACGAAUCCGACCCCAAUGGUAAGGCUUGUAUCGCCCUUCUUGAGGUCUGCGACAGCUUCGUCUAUGAAUGGACAGAAGAGCAAUUCCGUCACUUCCACAGCUUGCAAGACCUAGCCAAAAGUCUCUUAUGGAUUACCCGAGGUGCGAACCGACGUCCUACCAACCCUCGAAACGCUCCGAUCACUGCGCUUGUACGCACAAUUCUAUCCGAAGACCCGCAGAAGACUAUUGUCACUCUCGACUUGGACGAGAGCACUUCACUCGCUUCGCGCACCCUGCUGAAGACCGUCGAGUGGGUUUUCAACUCAAUGCUGAAUGGAUCUGUCGAAGCAGAAUAUGCGGAAGAGGGAGGGCAGCUCUACAUUCCGAGACUGAUGCCCCUGAAGGAGCUGAACAAGAUGAUCGAGAGCGAUUCGCGCGUCGAGAUCGUUCAGCAGCCUAUCUUCAACAAUUCAGCGGCCCAAGCCGAAUAUGAGAUGAUCAUCUCCAAGACGGGAAUCGCCAACGAGAACUUCCAGUUUGUCAAAUUCUCACAUGCGUCUCAGCUUGGCCCCUACGAGGUCGAGAUUCAGACCCUCAGUGCCGCCUUGCACCUUAACGACCUGCACACCGCAAUGGGAAGAACCUCCGGUGACAGACUUGGCCUUGAUGUUGUGGGCAUUGUCAAAAACAUCGGAUCCAGGGUGAAAGAUGUCCGCUGCGGCGAGCAAGUCCUGGCCAUCGUCCCUGGGGCUUUCAAGACCGUCCACCGUAUCGACCAAGGCUUCGUCAAGCCUGCGCCGCCGCCUGUCGAGUGCUGCCAGUACACGCCCAGUGCUCUCAUCGCCGCAUACUAUUCGUUGUGCACCGUAGGUCGCCUCACGCAGAAGAAGAAGGUGUUCAUCCAAGCUGGCGCCAGCUCGUACGGUCAAGCUGCCAUUCGUGUUGCCACCCUCAUCGGCGCCGAGGUUUUUGCGACGGUCAUUGGCGAGGAUUCGAAAGCCCAGCAAGCGACUCUGAUUACUGUCCACCAUCUCCCAGAGAGCCACAUUCUCGACGCCAACGGAGACUCCUUCGUGGCCGAUGUCCUAAAGUUCGGAAAGGUUGACGUUCUUUACAACCCCACCCAAGAGCACACUGCUGCCAGUUUCAAGUGUGUCAAGCCAUCCGGCUGCGUUAUCCAGCUCGCCGACAAGACCGGAGGAACCGCUAAUGUCCCGAUCACUACUACGACAUAUGUCAAGCUCGACCUCGAUCUCCUUGUAAAGGAGGAUCCCGAACUCAUAAAGGAUCUGUUCAGCCUGGUGGACCGCUUCGCCUUCGACUACUUACGCAAGAGCUCCAGCCUGCAGUGUCAACCAGUCCAUCGGUUUCCCAUGUCGACGUUGGAGGGGGCGCUCAAGCAGAUCGAGAGAGAGCCGUACCACGGCCUGACGAUCUUGGAGGCGAACCAAGAUUCUCUCGUUCGUGUGGCCCGACAGAUGCAGACGAAGCCUCUCGCUGAGGCCAUUGAUCCUGAGGGAACUUAUGUCCUUGCAGGCGGCCUCGGAGGUCUAGGAAGAAGCAUCGCGAAGCUUCUUGUCGACAAUGGCGCGAAGAAACUGGUGUUUCUGUCGAGAUCUGGCGGUAGUGCCGACGCCAAAACCUUCCUCAAGAGUCUCCAUAGGGUUGAUGUCAAGGCAAUCGCGGUAGAUAUCACAGACCGCAAGGCGCUCGAGAGCCUCAUUCCCGCCCUAGGCAAGGUCUCUGGUGUUGUUCAGUGCGCUGCUGUCAUCAAGGAUGCCCUCUUCGAGAAGAUGUCGCACGCCGACUGGGCCGCCGCCUUCGCCCCUAAGGCAGUUGGCGCCGCCAAUCUUGCAGACGUGUUCGGCCCCUCUGGCCCUUGGUUCCUCUUCCUGUCGAGUGCUUCGGGAGUCAUCGGCAACCGUGGCCAGGCCAACUACGCCGCCGCCAACGCUGUCCAGGAUGCUUUAGCCCGGUCCCUGCCCCGCGCCGUCUCCCUCGACCUCGGCCCUGUCCUCGAGGCAGGCAUGCUAGUAGAAGACGAAGACACUCUCGGGAAGCUCCGGGGUGCUGGGUUCUACGGAAUCCGUCACCAAGACUUUCUCACAAUGGUCGAGCGAGCCAUCACGGGUGAGAUCGCCUCCGGCGUUGCCACGCCCGCACAAAUUGUCUCCGGCGUCGGCACCGGCGGCCUCAUCCGCCAAAAUAACCCCGGCGACCCAUUCUGGUCGCGUUCAGCCAUGUAUUCGUACAUGAACACCGUCGACAUGCCGAUCACCUCCCCCGAAGAGGCUUCCGGUAGUGGCGGCGUCCCGAGCGAGACGGACGUCAAGAAGAUGCUUGCCAUGUGCUCCGGCUCAGAGGCAGCCGUAGCAAUCAUAUGUACCGGCCUGGUUCAGCUGAUGGCCAAGGCGAUGACUCUCCUGCCGGAGGAGAUCGAUCCGGAGCGGGCGCCUAGCGCGUAUGGCGUCGACUCCCUCGUAGCUGUUGGCAUCUUCCGCAACGCUGGGGGCGUCGAUGUUUCCGUCUUCGAGAUCUUGGGGGAAACAUCAGUUCGUGGAUUGGCUGAUAUGGUUGCCGGCAGAGGAAAAUGGUAG